GACUGAAGAGAAACCGUGAAAAACGUGAGGUGUGGAACAGGCCAUAUAUCGGUAUGGAGCAGGUGUGCCCUCGCUGUAAAACAACGAAAUAUUUAAACCCAUCAUUGAAAUUGAUGGUAAAUGUGUGCGGACAUUCUUUAUGUGAAAAUUGCGUGUCAUUACUGUUCGCCCGUCAAUCUGGAGUAUGCCCUCAAUGCAACACCGCACUCAGGAGAAAUCAAUUUCGACUCCAGCAGUUUGAAGAUUCAGCAAUCGAGAAAGAUGUAGACAUCAGGAAAAGAAUUCUAAAGGAUUUCAACAAGCAAGAAGAUGACUUUGAGGAUCUUAGACUAUAUAAUGAUUAUUUAGAAAUGGUUGAAACUAUUAGUGGGUUUUGCGGUGUCAGCAGUGUAGUACUUGUACACAAUGCUACAUACUCACAGAUGCCGGCUUCCCAGGUGCUAGCUUCUCACAUGGCCAAGAUGAAGAAUGAACAGUCAGCUGUACCUGUCAAAAGGCCUGUCACACAGUUCUCAUCAGGGACUAAAUUGGGUGGAGGCUUCCAAAGUAAUUUCAUGCCAGUGCCUCAAACCAAAGAUCCUCUUUAUGUUUAUGAAUAUCAUGAGGUAGAUUAUCUUGGACCAGUACCGCCAAACCCUGAGGAACUAGAAACUGAAGGGUUUAUGGAGCAUGUUCGUUCAGCAACUCCAACCAGUUUAGCAGGUGGCUACACGCAUCGAUUAGCCUGCCAGAGAGCUCUACAGGAUGCUUUCAGCGGACUCUUCUUCUUCCCCGCAAAGGUCACAGAAACAAUGGAUGUCAGCUGAUGAUUUGUGGUCCGAAAAAUAAGAAUUGUGAUUUGGUUUUCAAGAGAAGGUGGUUUUGAUGAAAUUUGGCAGAAAACAUUUGAGGUAGGAAAAUUAUGAUGUUUUGAAUUGGUUAUUGUGACUUGGUGGUCAGUUUGCUGUUAUUCAAAUGAUAGUGUAGUGUCUUGAUUUUCGGGCCAACCAGAUGAAUGUAAAAAAAUGGAAGCAAUCAAGCUGCAAUAGUUUUAAAGUGCGAGAAAAGUAUCCAUCAUUGCACACCACCCAAGAGAUUGUGUCCGAUGGUGAAGGUUUCAAGAGCUAACUGCUACAGCAUCUCUUUACAACUACUAUCACUUGACUGGAAAAGAUCUCAGAACUUAUUUCGAGUGUGUCACCCAUAAAGCGUGAGAAGUUAGCAUGAGAUGGACAACUAUGUAAACAGAAUUGCAGACUGUUUCAUUCUGUUGACCUGGAGAGCUUUGGAGGCCUGCAACAUUUUGUACUACACAUAUUGAAUGAAAAAUAUAAUAAGAUGAUUGCAUAAUAAUUUGAUUUUGGCUACAAUCAAACAUAAUAGUGAAUGAAUAAAUUCAAAGAUUUUUGUCUGUUGUUAGAUAAUAUAGAUAGAAAUAAUCAUGAAACAGUUGGCUCUAAUAGAAAUUGUGAAGGGCUCACUUCGCUCAAAUCUUGCAGAUCUGAAUGAUUAUUGAUUUUGAUUCAAAAAUCAAUUCAAGAUAAGAUAAGAUACACUUUAUGGUAAUUAUACACAACCAGUAGUGUACAUAAACAUCAUUUACGUUGAUGCAAAAAUUAUUACACACAUGAUAUUAAAAUAUAUUAUAUUAGUCGCAAAGAAGUUAUCACACAAAUUUACGCAAAUGAAAGAAAUUAACACACACUAUAUAACCUAAUUAUUUAACCAAAAAAUUUCCUACUUGUGUUUGUAUUGCAUACUCUUUAUGUUGUCACUGGUGUAUUCAAUUGUUCGAUACCACGAUAACUAAAAUUUGGCAAGACUGAUUGGUUUCAAACUCCUACUCAUUAAUUCUCAGAGAAAUAUCACACUAUGCUAUGCUUUUACUGCACAGCGUAAAAGAAGUAUUUCUAGUUAUUUAACAAUUUCUAUCUUAUUAGCGCUUCCAAUUUUUUUUUUUUUUUUUUUUUUUGUGAAACAGCUCUCAAGUAUCUUAGAAUGUUUAUUUAUUACAAAAGAAAAAAUUAACACCCAGGCGCUAUUAGAAGUCAAGACUUUCAGUU